AUGAGCGAUGCCAAAAAUAUGAAAGAGGAAAGUGGAGAGACAUCGCCGCCUCGUCCGGAGCCUUGUCGGCGGCGUGCACGUGGCAGCGCCACUAAAAACGGGAGGAGUGCGAUUGACGACUCACCGCCAGUCGCUUCCCCUCUACGCGGUUGGCAGGCCCGGGCGCUGGUUCAUCGUACACCGCAGCACGUACUCACGCUAUGGUCCCGACCGCAGUACCCCUCUAUCUCGGCAGGGCCCCUCGUGAUACAGGAUCGUUACGUUGUCCAAGGCACAGCAACACAUGGAAAGGUUUUGAUUUGGACCUCGGAAGCUAUUCUGCAGAGGAUAGGUGGAGAGGGAGCCGCUGGGGAAAACGCUAGCGACAAGAACAAUUACAGCGCUCCUACGACAAAAAAUCUGGAAGAAAGCGACAUGGAUGUCGGUAGUGAUGACUUUGCGCGAACUCACGGACCUAGUAGGCGGCAGCUGGACCCGCGAUUCUCUCAUCCACUGGAGCCUACAUUUGUUGUCGAUACGAUAAGCGAGCGCACAUCGUCUCCUUCAUCCCCACAGGAAGACCAAACUGAUCAUGAUCGUCGCAAAGAAUCUAUAUGCGAAGCAGCGCCGAUUGUCGCCUUGGCAGAAUUGCUCGAAGAUACUCGUGCACGGCGCAAGGAAACAGGUAAUCUUGUGGCGGUUUCCGUACUGGGUCAAGUAUCGAUGAUUUCGCUGGAUCCUAGUCGUGCAUUUUCCUUUUAUUCCUGGGCGACAAACCGUGUUGGUGCUACUAGUGUGGGUUGUACCCUACGUGGUUCUAUCGUGAUUGGAUACGAAAAUGGUAUAGUUGAAGCUUGGCGCGUGAUUGCCGCCAAGGAAGGGCCGACAAAGAAACUUUUGUGGCGAGCAGCGUGGGAGCACGCUUCUCCAAUUGCAAGUAUUCAGCAGUUACCCGUAAACGAGGAGACUAAUUCUGUGGAGAUGACGCCACCAUCCUUUUCCGAGGCAAACAGAAACCUCAACGCAUCUCCACAUCACGAGUACUUAAUCAUAACGUUACAGCCACGAGACUCAGCGACGCCGACGCGGUCCAUGGUCGAUGUGGUCGAUACAACUUCGCUGGAACUAGCCUGGCGCGACCUCGCAAAGCCGGAUGAUUUUACUUCAGAAACUACCAACAUUCUGGCCAUGGAGGAUCACUGGAUCUUGCCGAGUCCCGGAAUGGAGUUGGUGGACACUUCGACGUUACCGCGGACUCGCAUACCCGGUCUACCCCGGCGCAGGCCGCACGUGAGUAGCUCGGGUACCAAUGCCCUCUAUGUGCUGCCACAAAAUCUUGGAUGUGUAAUGGGAUUAUCCGACGGCACAUUGGCUCGGAUUUAUGCUGAAUGUACUUCAGUGUCGCAGCCGGAUAUGUUGUCCUGGGGAGUUUCAAGUGCUACUGAUCAAUGUGUAUUGUCGUAUCCGACGAUUGGUCUGGGACACGUUUAUUUGCCCCUUGCUAAAGAGUCCCCAACUAGUGAACGUGUUCCGCACAUUGCUUGCUGUUUACGCGGAGGCACAGUGUACUUAGUACCCAUCACGACAUCGUCCUCAUCCGACGCAGCUCGACCCAUUUAUACGCUUUCCUACCCUCACGAGGUUGACAGAGAUGCUCAUUUUCAACAGUUACAUGGUUUCACGGCGUGUGCACUCCAGCCCAGGUCUAUCACAAAAAAAUCGGGCGACUCUACGGCCGGCGGAGAGACUGAAGGAUCGUUGACGAAUACGUUCUUGUUCUUUGCCUGGCCUGGAGGCAUUAUAGAUGUUUAUCUAUGCGGCUUGACAGAUCGACAGACAAAGGAAUCUGUUGAGAAAUCAACUUUAUUGGAGAAACUUUGGAGUAAUGGCACAGUGCAAAUGCUUUCCGACUCACUACUGCAUCAAUCAAACGACUGUCCCCCGGAAGGAUUCUCCAUCGAAUUAACACAAUGGCAGAACGCAUUGACCGACAUUUCUAAAAGAGGGGCUCCAGCGUCGUUCGACGAAUUGAAGACGGAGGGUUUUCAGAGCCUUCGAUCGCUGAUUCUAACUUUGGCCACCGAAAAUGAGCUGAAUACAGGACCCUCUCCGCUCUAA